AUGGCCUGCAACAGCCUCUGCCGACCCUGCGGACCCACCCCGCUGGCCAACAGCUGCAACGAGCCCUGUGCCCUGCAAUGCCAGGACUCCCGCGUCAUCAUCGACCCUUCCCCUGUGCUGGUCACCCUGCCAGGACCCAUCAUGACCUCCUUCCCCCAGAGCACCGCCGUCGGAUCCACCUCCUCGGCUGCCGUGGGCACUGAACUCAAUGCCCAGGGACAGCCCAUCUCUGGGGGAUUUGGCUUUGGCCUUGGCUAUGGGCUGGGAGGCCUGGGCUGUGGCUAUGGCAGAAGGGGCGGCUACAUCUGCUAA